AUGGUCUUUAUGCAAUUCAUGCGUCAAAAUCUUGCUUUGGCUCCUCUCUUUGCCAUUGCUGGUGCCGGCUGUGCUGCCGCUGUUACAUAUCCACUCUACUUGCUUAAGACUCAUCCUGAAAUCCAAAUUGACAAGAAGAAUAACCCAUACCCUUGGCAAAGUGUCCAACAACACCAAAACAUCAAGUUGAUCAAUGCAACUCCUGCUUUCUAUGAAGGUCGCAGAGAGCUUAAGCGCCCUCAAUACUAA